GGUAUUAAAUGUGAAAGACUUUGGAGUUAUUACGUCACGUCACGAGGUCCAUGCUCAUUUUGUCGUCAUCGUAAGAGAGGAACAAGUGGAGAGACUUAAGGAGAGGAAAUGUGGUUGGUGUGGUUGAAUGUCUCGCUACUGUUAACAAUCGAUUAUGUGUUAAGUAAAGAAAGAAUUCACAUUCCUAUCGGUGCUGUGUUUAGUCGUUCGGACGAUGCUGCAAUCAGCGCUUUGAAGUAUGCAUUUUGGUCGCACCAAAAUACCAGUAGUACGUUUGUUGCAGAAGUAGUAGAAGAACGUCUGGAAUGGGUGGAUACUUAUCAGAUAAGUCGAGCAGUUUGCAGAUUGAUGAAACAGGGAAUUUAUGCUUUGGUGGCACCCACCACCCCUCAGACGUAUUCCAUUCUUGUAUCUUACUCGAAUAAUUUUCAAAUACCUUUGAUCAGUCCAUCUUUUCCCGAAGUCGUUCCCGAACACACUCCAUUAUUUGCUGUAGGAAUUAAGCCAAACACUUUGCGAGCCGUCAACGAUCUCAUCACCUAUUACAGAUGGUCAUCUAUAAUUUAUUUAUAUCAAUCGGACGAUGGAGCCGAGAAACUUCAACGAAUCUUCGAACUUGGAGGAAGCGAUCGGAAAUUGGACAUAAUGGGACUUAGAAGGAUCACUAGUGCAGACGAAGCGCAUUUGUUUCUUCGUAAACUUGAUAGAAAUUUCCCAGAUAAACUGAAGAAUAUUGUAAUGGAUGUUGACUCUAGAUUAGCUAGAGAGAUUAUUAUUACACAUGUUAGAACAUUACCUUGGGAAAGAAAUGUAUACCACUUUCUUUUAAUAGAACCCGUACCAGAAGGAUUUUGGAAUAGUCAACUCACAGAAUUUGGAAGAGUUAACAUCACUGGUUUUCGUUUACUCGAUCCUGAUAGAGGAUUGGUAAGGCAGUUUCUAACAAGUUGGAGGUCUUUGAACCCACGUCUUUGGCUUGGAGCCGGAAAUAGAAACAUCCCUGUAGAAGCCAUGUUAACUUAUGAUGGUGCAGAAUUAUUGCUAGGGACUCUUACAAGAAUUUACGAUAGCCAACAGCACAUUUUGAAAUCGAAUAAUAAAGUCGGAAAUGGUACCAAAGGAACGGAUUGCUUGCAAACUCCGAUUAAAACAUGGGAACAUGGACCGAUAGUGGCACAAUAUCUGAAACAAACUUACGUACCUGCUGGCCUCACGGGUAGUUUGAAGUUCGAUCCCAAUGGGCAAAGAAAACAAGUUACACUCGAUAUUAUCGAGACAACUCCAAACGAUUAUGUUAAAGCUGGAAAUUGGUCAGAUAUGUCAGGAUUGAUGCUGGUGAAAAGCCCAUACAGACCCUUACCUGAUAAAGAUAGCAGAAUAUCUAACAAGAAAAAAUAUGUUAUAGUUAGUUUAUUGUCUCCGCCAUAUUUGUUGACGAAAAUACGAACGAAACGAGAAAGCUUGCAAAAGGAUCAAGUAGAAGGUUUUGUUAAAGAUUUAGCGGAUUAUCUAUCAGAAGAAAUGAAUUUUGAUUAUGAUUUACACCUUUUACCCGAUUCUGAAGCUGGAAAAUAUAAUGCCACAACUGGAACCUGGACCGGAUUGAUAGGAGAACUUGUGAAAGGAACUGCUGACUUGUCGAUUGCUCCACUAACAAUUACAGCGGAACGAGAAUCCGUUAUAGAUUUUACUAAACCUUUUCAAACUGUCGGUAUAAGUUUGAUGAUGAAGAAACCCGAAAUAAGUGCAGAAAUAGGACCAUUUUUCUUUCUUCAAGCUUUUUCUAUUGAAGUUUGGAUUUGUAUCAUUGUUUCCCAUCUGGUUUUCAGCAUGCUCCUGUUUUCUUUAUCUAAAUUUACUUCACCACCCGACAGAGUAAAAAACGCUGAUAGCGGAUUGCAAGACAGAUUGGGUUUAUGUGCGAAUUUCUGGUUUGUUUGUAGUUCAAGUUUAUUUAGAAGUUCUGGAAUUUAUCCAAAAUCUCCUUCUAGCCGCUUGGCUAGUAUUUUUUGGUGGUUUUUCACUCUGAUAUUGGUAGUGCUCUAUAUAGCAAAUUUAGCCACUAUUUUAAUUAAAGAUAAAACAAGUCAAGCUUAUUCUUUUAGUUAUUCAUCGUAUCCUUCCACUGAAUACAUUUUACAAGAAGCAAUAAGGACAGGAUCACCAAAAUUACUCGUUUUGAAAAACAGUUCUACUCUGGAAUUUUUUAAGAAUUCCGCCAUUAAAACAUAUAAUUCUUAUUGGCAAAAAGUGAAGGAAGAGCCCGAGUUAUUAAUAAAUGGUUACAACGAAGGUGUUGAAAAGGUGCGAAAAGGCCAAGGUAACGUCGGUCUUCUAUUAGAAUCGUCCAUGAACGAGUAUAUUAAUUUUCAAGAACCCUGUGACACUAUCAUGACGUCCGGAUUCCUAGAUUCGAGUGGAUACGGAAUAGCUACCAAGAAAGGUUCUCCUUUAAAAGAAGAGCUAGAUUACGCCUUACUCUCUCUCAAAGAAAAGGGAUAUUUAAAUAUGAUUUACGCAAAAUGGUGGCGCGAAGGAAAGUGUAAAGAUACGAAAAAAUAUCGAAAAUUAUCAGAUUUAUAUCAUUCGUCCUUAACUCUUCACGAAAUUUCUGGCUUGUUUUAUAUCUUAAUCGGUGGUAUAGUUAUAACGCUAAUCAUAGCAAUGGUAGAAUUCAUAUUUAGAAGAAAAAUAACAUUACCAAGAAGCGAGUUUUAGGAUGAGCACGAGAAAAGUAGUAAAUUUUAAAAUGGCAACAACCAAAUUUAAUUAUUUUGAAGAAUUAUAAUUUCGAAGAUGACUCUUUAAACAUUUUAUUUUAUAAAUUCUACAACGAAAUUUCUUGUGUUUU